UAAGCGCGAGAAAUUAUCAAAGUUCUGACAGCAGCUUUGGAGCAGAAGGGGGCAACAGAGGGCAGUGAAGUGUUUAUACGAAACAAAGUCGUUUAUUGUAGUUAAAGGGUAGAGGCAUCGUGCGCUGGUAUCUACAUUAACUCAAUUAUAUUGGUCAGGUUGGUGUUGCUUCUUUUGAGUAUUUUAAAGAACAAGGCUUUGCUUUGCCCUGUGUUAAUAACAUCUCGCUGUUGAAACCUGCUGCUUGUUUAGAACAAUCUUGUGAACUGGAACAAGUGCAUUUUUUUUUAUUGUAUAACAAUUUUUUUUUUUUUAAUUAUAAUUAUUUUUUAAUGCGAAUUGGACUUUGACAAGCUGCCGAGUCCUUGUGUUUACCGUCAAGUACAGGUUUAUUUAUUUAUUUAUUUUUUAUCGUUUUCCAAAAGUUUCCGAAACUAAAACUUCUCCUUUUUAAUAUUUUAAUAUUGUUUGUAUUCCGUUUCGACAUAUCGUACUGUAAAAAUAUUUUAUAAGAAUUUUUACUGGGUUAUUUUUUUAUUUUAUUUUUUAAAUUACAAGCAUAUGCAUUUUUACAACUUUGGUGUCAUAAGCUAGAAAGGGUUGUUUCAGGUGUCGUCUUGUGUGUGUAUGUGUGUUUAAUUAUCUUUGUAGGUUUAUGUAAAGGUGCCGUUUAGUUUCAGAUAUCCUUAUCACUACACUGGUCAGUAUGAACAUCGUUGCGGAGUUUUUUCUGGUCACUUUAAAAGUGCUCUGGGCUUUCGUUGUCGCGGGGGUAAAGUGGUUCGUACGCCCCAAAGAGAAGAGUGUUGCGGGUCAGGUCUGCCUGAUCACAGGGGCAGGCAGCGGGCUGGGGCGGCUCUUUGCCAAGGAGUUCGCCAGACAGAGAGCGGUUCUGGUGCUGUGGGAUAUCAACAGCCAAGGCAAUGAGGAGACGGCGGAGAUGGUCCGACAAAUCUACCGGGAGAUGGACAGCACUCUGCCCACAGAAGGUGCUGUGGAUGGUGUGGAGGAGGUCCCUCCAUUCCAGCCUCAGGUGUUCACCUAUGUUUGUGAUGUGGGCAAACGCGAGAGCGUGUACCUGACCGCGGAGAAGGUGCGACGGGAGGUGGGUGACGUUGAUGUCCUUGUUAACAAUGCGGGAGUGGUGUCCGGUCACCACCUUCUCGAGUGCCCCGACGAGCUCAUCGAGAGGACAAUGAUGGUAAACUGCCACGCCCACUUCUGGACCACCAAGGCAUUCCUUCCCAAGAUGCUGGAGAUGAACCAUGGACACAUUGUGACAGUUGCCAGUUCACUUGGAUUGUUCAGCACUGCUGGUGUAGAGGAUUACUGUGCAAGUAAAUUUGGUGCUGUGGGAUUUCAUGAAUCAUUAAGUCAUGAGCUGAAGGCUACUGAAAAGGAUGACAUUAAAAUGACCCUAGUCUGUCCAUACCUGGUAGACACUGACAUGUUCCGAGGCUGCAGAAUCAGAAAAGAAAUUGAACCUUUCCUUCCACCACUGAAGUCUGAGUACUGUGUAAAACAAGCCAUGCGGGCGAUCCUAACGGAUCAGGCCAUGAUCUGUACGCCUCGUCUCAUGUACAUGGUCAACUUCAUGAAGAGCAUCCUGCCUUUUGAAGCAGUUGUGUGUAUGUAUCGUUUUCUGGGAGCAGACAAAUGUAUGUAUCCAUUCAUCGCUCAAAGAAAACAGGCAAUGAACAAUAAUGAAGCUAAAAACUGAAUCUAGACUAGACUGCUGGUAUUCCUAACAGGAGCAGAGGGGUAAACCACUGAAGGUCUGUUAUCAGAGACUGAAUCAUUACCAGUGCACAUGCAUUGGACAGAUGCAAAGGUUUACUAUAUUCUCCUGGGGUGGGGGGAAGCUGUGUAAUUUUUUUUUUUGUUUUGUUUUGUUUCUGGUUUUGUAUAAGAAACUUACCUUUUUAUUAUAUACUGUAAACUUAUUAGUUGACAAAUGUUUGGAAAUUAUGCAAACAAAUUGUUAUUCAAAAGGUAUGUUAAAUGUUAUUUACUUAGUGUAGUCACCAGCACAUUUUGUAGUGUCUAUGUGGUAAUAUACAGUAUGUUACUGUAUAAAUCAAUCUAGUCACUUUAGUUUUUGUAGACAUGCACUGUAAUUUACUGUUUUCUUCACUGCCACAAAUUAUGUGAGAAUUGUUCAAUAUCAAGCAUGUUGCCACUCUUGCUUUGUAUACUGCAAAAUGGAUCAUCCGCAUUGACAGAGUAACCUGGAACACUUAAACCUAAAAGUAUAUCAAACAAACAAACAAACCCCUGAUCGUUGUACUGCAGCAAGGACCUUUUUUUUUAUAUAUGUAAAAGUAAGCAUUGAAAGGACAUUUUGGUAGAGGUCUAUCAAAAGUUUAUUUUACUUUCAUCAGCAAGCAUCCUUUUACUUUUGUAUCCCUACAGUAAUUUAAAAUGUGCUGCUGUAUUUAGGAGGUAGGGCAUUUGAUGCUAAGGAUCGAACAUUCCUUUUGCUAAAAGUUUGCCCGUGCAAGCAUUGUGCAUAUGUGUGUCAAAUCAAAUCUGCAGUAUUGAAGCCUACAGCUCUGCUGAUGUGUGCCUGGGGUAGGUGGGAAUGAAAUAUAUAGGUAUUGGAUGAACAUCCUAAUAAGAUUUUAAGCAACUUUGAUCAUUUUAAUUUAAUUUAUUUUGCUGCUGUUUUUAUAGAGCAUAAGUUUACAGUUCAUGUAUUGGCCUCCUUAACCUUGUGUUCAAUACAAAAAACUAAGUGAUAAAUCUUUCUUGUUUUUGGUUGUUGAUAUGGUCAAGGUGUCUUGUUGUGGUUCAAUGCACCAUUCUUUCACCUCCAAAGGCUCUAGUUGUGAACUUAAGGUAUAAGUCAGUAGUAACACAUUCUCAGAUCUUUUCAUUUUGGACAAUUUACUAGUUUUCUCAAAACCAUUAUUUUUGUAUUGAGUUGUACUAACUAAAAAUAAAACUUCAAAGUAGUCCUGAAAACUGAGUUCCUUUCUGAUCAUGGGAGAUGAUGACCUGCCACAAAAGGGCUUCGGCCACUAGCCCUGUCAAUCCAUUAUAUACAAGUAAUUUCCAAAAAAUAUGAAAUUAUAAUUAAAGAUAUGCCCCCCAAGUACCCGCUCAAGACACUAGAAAAUUACGUAAAAAUCCUAUUUUGUUUUGAAUCUAUAUCCACUUUCGCAGUAUUUAUUAGUCAUGUGAAUUGUCUGUCCUAUUAGUUGUUGAUGAUACAAAACUUUUUUGUAGGAAGUGACAAUAAGCUUACUCAAUGAAAAUGUGAAUUGUUUUCAUAUGCCAAUAUUGUUUGAACCAUCUGUUGGGUUACCCAUGAAAUAGCAAUGUGAAACUUGAUCUAAAGAUCAUUUUGUUAUCCACUGUCUGUACCAGGAAAGUUAAUAAAACAUUUUCAAAAUCGGCAUGCUUUUAUGAAACCACAAAACCCACCGGAAUUGUAACUUCUUUCCAAUAAUACUGAUGUAUUCCUUUUUUUUCCCCUUCAUUGACAGUAAGAGCCUAAAAUUCUACCUCUAUCAAUUUGUAGGCCAUUCAUUUACAGUAAGAUAUUGUAAGCCUUCUUUUUGUAAUUGUUAACUUUGUAGGGACUGCUCUUUUAGCAGAGUACUAUAUGUGGUUGUUUUAAAUGUUUAGUGGAACAACCUAACUUAAAUUAAUAAAAAUGAUUUAGACAAA